UUGCCAAUUGCCAUUUUCACCGAGUGACAAAAAGAAAGCACCCAGGCCGAGGUUCCAGGGUAUGCAAAAGCCCUAAAAAGGCCUGAACAUUGCUAGUAAAAGUGAAUUACGGUGGUUUUAGUGGAAUUUAGGUAAAUAUAACUCGUCAUAAUGGCGCUCAAUCCACAAUACGAUGCAAUUGGAAAAGGAUUCGUACAACAAUAUUACACACUAUUCGAUGAUCCGGCACAGCGACCAAACUUGGUUAAUAUGUAUAAUGUUGAAACUUCGUUUAUGACCUUUGAGGGUGUGCAGUUGCAGGGAGCAGUUAAAAUAAUGGAAAAGUUAAAUAGUCUGACAUUUCAAAAGAUUGGAAGAGUUAUAACUGCAGUAGAUUCACAACCCAUGUUUGAUGGUGGAGUACUAAUUAACGUUCUUGGACAGUUACAGUGCGACGACGACCCUCCACACCCGUACAUGCAAACAUUUGUUCUGAAGCCACUUGGAGACUCAUUCUUCGUCCAACACGACCUAUUUCGCUUAGGCAUCCACGAUAUAGCUGCCUAAUACUAAUCACGAGAUAUCGAUUAAGAAAAAAUACAUUAUUGCUGAUAGUCGCCACGCUAUUACGAACAGCUAUUGUUUGGUUAACUAGGUAUAAGUAAUGAUCAAUUGCCUAUUUUUGAAAAUUCAAAUUGUACAUUAUCAUAAACGAAAUAUUUGGCAUUCUUUUCUGCUUAUAUUGAGAUGGCUUAAGUGAAUGUACGGCAGACUCUUUUUUUUUCAGUUACA